UAGCACCGCUUACUGGCAGAUUUGUGAAAAUCGAGAUUCUUAACUUGAUAGACAUUUUUUGGUAUUUAUCCAUAGCGAUCUUUUCGAUAGAGACGUACUCAAGUUUAGUAGUGGAAGGUUUUAGUUUUGAUCAGAGCUAUUGUUAAUGCCCCUCUCCAGUGGUUCCUCGGCGUGUUGGCCAGUCGCAGCUGGUUCACAGUCCACAGAGGUGUAACAAUAAGGAAGUGCCCCAACCCGCACACUACAGCAAGAAUGGCGCUGCGGAAAACUGUAGGUCGUUUGUUUCACUUCCAGCGGAACCUUUUAAAGCAGGUCUCCAUCCAAACACUUGGAGAUGUCAGUUUCAAAAGCACUUGUCCUGUAGAAGUUAGCCGUCUGGAUCAUUUGGUUCUGACUGUGAAAAGUGUGCCGGACACCAUCAACUUUUAUACCGCAGUCCUUGGCAUGGAAGUCAUCACUUUCAAGGGAGAUCGUAAGGCCCUGGGUUUUGGGCAGCAGAAGUUUAACCUUCACCAGCUGGGUCAGGAGUUUGAGCCCAAAGCCAGGCAUCCAACGUCAGGCUCUGCGGACCUGUGCCUCAUCACCAAAACCCCCCUCGCUACAGUGGCUUCACAUCUGAAGGUCUGUGGGGUGGAGAUAGAGGAGGGUCCGGUAGAGAGGAGUGGAGCUGUGGGUUCCAUCACCUCUCUAUACUUUAGAGAUCCAGACCACAAUCUCAUCGAAGUUUCAAACUAUAACCAGUCAACUCCAGAGGGAUCCACUAAGUACAGUUAGAGUUUAGUUGCAAAGUGUUAGAACCCCAAUUACUGUUCUCAAACAACACAUGCCCUAUUUAUAGAGCGCAGUAGGCUGUGCAGACAGACUGUUUCUGGGGAGCUCUGCUGACCCAUGGCGGCUAUUUUAAUUAUGUGUAGAAAAGACUAUUGUAAAAAUACUUUGUGAAGGGAAACUGAACCAAUGGUUGCUUAUUUUAGAGGAAAAAGAAAGGUUCUGCCAUGUACCUAAGGCUCUGGUCUGUCUGCUUUUAGCCACCAUCUAAAUAACUCUUGAACAAUAUUGGCCUUUUAUGUCUUCAUAUUAUAAGUCAUUUAUUACCGUAGUCUAUCAGUUGCAUUGCAGUAAUACAUAACAUCUUUGAAUAGAAAAUAAAUAUUUCAGUAGGUCAUUACAGAAACAGUGGACAAUGAAAUGCCUGAAAUGUCAAUUUAUUACUUAAGAUAAUAACAUUUUUAGAUAUAUUAAUUUUUGGAAAAAUCUAAUUUUCCAUUUCUUAUGUGGUGUUCAAACAUCGAGGCUAUUGUUUUACACUACACAUUGACAUUGACUAGUGGGUCAGAUAUAUGAAAUAGACAACAUUUUUAGUCAUUUAAUUCACAAACACUGAAUAUACAGUACACUGUAUAGGCACACACUGUCGAAUGGGCCAUGACAAGUGUGGAAAAGAUGCAAUAUUUCAACUUUUUAAGCAACAUAAUUUAUCCAACAAAAGCAAAUUGUUUGAAUUCAAAACUGAUGUUAACAUGUUAAUGUUCAUGUAGGUAAGAUGGAGAGUGUCACAGGGCAAGUGUUUGUGUAAAUAUUGAAGUAUGUUCUCUUUUAUUUUUUCAGUGGGUAAUUUUUUUAAAGCAUCCUGCAGCUGGAACAUAUCAUGUCCAACACAAAAACAGUACAAAGAAAGUUCAGGACAGAAUAUGAUCUCCACUCUGUACACAAUUGCGCAUCGCUUAUCAAGACUAUUGUUCAUUUUGUCAGUACUGAAUAUUCCUGUCUUCAGUUCCCAAUUCCUUGUACUUCCUUGUAUUUCCCCCCAAUGUUAAAAUUAAAUGCACUGAAGAGCUAGAUGAUAAACAUUUCUGUCUCUGAAUUAUCACCCAACUCUUUAUCAAAUCACAAUCGUACCUUUGUGGUCUGUUAUCAGUGACAGGAUGACACCACUGAAGGCCGAGUUAACAGUGCUACUCUAUCUGAAACCUGCGUGUAUGGAGCACUUCACUGUUGAAUUCACACAUGAAUGGAAGUUAUCAAUAGUGAGAAGAAGAAAAGGACAUUUCCUAUUUCCUGAAUUACUUACUGGCACUUAUCAAAAGCAACCUGUCCAUCCAUUGUUGUAUGGAAACUUUAUCUUUAGCUUAACGUCUAUAAAGAAGUCUGAGGUUGCACCACUAUUGUAUGUUUUCUGUGGGUGGAGAACAUAGUGGAAUUCCCUUGUUAUCGAUGUGUCACAACCCAAUAGUCUUUUAUGACAAUAUUUUACAUCGGAGGGGAUAUUUUUAGCUUAGCCUUUUGUUCAGUGCUAUUUUUACAAUGGUAAUGUUUAUGGUAACUGAGAGAUUUGCAGGAAGUAUCCUCUGGAAAAAUUUCCUGGCAAUAAACCUUAUCCUAGAUGUGUGGGUUAAUGAACCCAAUCCUCAUAACCAUCCUUGUAUAAACAUACUGGUAUCGAUUGCCUGGCCAUUGCAUUGUAUGUAUUACUUAUUUCCUUCUUGUAAUUUGUAUGUUUUUUAAAAAUAUUUUAAUACAGAAAAAAGCUAAAUAUGGCAAAGACGACAAUAUGGUGAGAUGAAAAUACUUUUUUAACCUUCAAGUAAAAAAAGACUUAAAAAACAAUUGGAUAAAAGGAAAAUCUUAAUCAUGAAAUCACGUUAGUGUUGUUUGUUCCUUUCCUUUAGUAUUUCAAUCUUACCUCAAUGCUGUCUGCAUAGGGAAGGUUUUUAUUGCAAUGCAAAGUGACAACAGUACCUUAUCCUAGGUAUCUUUACCACCUAUUCCAAUUGUUUCUCAUUAGUUGAAAUUACAUCAGUCAGAAACCCCAUUAUCCCUGGUACUGCUGGAAGACUGUCAAAAGACUUUGCCCUAGAUUUUCUUUCCUUUUUUGACAAACACAACAGAUCAUGUUCAGAUGAUAAGUGAUUGCCUGUAUUAAUCCAUUGCUUUAUAAAAAUAGGGAACUCAUUUGGGCCAAAAUAAUUUGACACAUCUGCUCUUGUAAUUUAAGACACAAAGGUCCACAGGUCAGGUUACAAACACCAUGUGGAAAACUGCUUGUAUUCCGUUCUCUCGCCUAGAAAGUGUGGGGUGUCUGCGUGUAUGCUGAGAACAUUGUCAGACCUUUUUUGUUCAUUUGAAAGCUGUGGAUAAAAGAUGAUCAUUUUUGCUUUUACACAAAACCUAGCUAGUAAACCUAGUCAUUUUCUACUAACCCCAGGUUUCUUUGAUUAUUUUAUACAUACACAGUACACACACUAUUUCAUACAGGUUGAAUGUCAUGUGCUUAUAUGCAGCAGUAUGCCGAAAUCUACCCUAAAUAUUAUACAUCCCCAACAUUUCCAAAGAGGAGUAUGUCAAGUUGAAUUACAGAGAAAAGUGUGAAAGUCUGAAACCUGCGUGUAUGGAGCACUUCACUGUUGAAUUCACACAUGAAUGGAAGUUAUCAAUAGUGAGAAGAAGAAAAGGACAUUUCCUAUUUCCUGAAUUACUUACUGGCACUUAUCAAAAGCAACCUGUCCAUCCAUUGUUGUAUGGAAACUUUAUCUUUAGCUUAACGUCUAUAAAGAAGUCUGAGGUUGCACCACUAUUGUAUGUUUUCUGUGGGUGGAGAACAUAGUGGAAUUCCCUUGUUUUCGAUGUGUCACAACCCAAUAGUCUUUUAUGACAAUAUUUUACAUCGGAGGGGAUAUUUUUAGCUUAGCCUUUUGUUCAGUGCUAUUUUUACAAUGGUAAUGUUUAUGGUAACUGAGAGAUUUGCAGGAAGUAUCCUCUGGAAAAAUUUCCUGGCAAUAAACCUUAUCCUAGAUGUGUGGGUAAAUGAACCCAAUCCUCAUAACCAUCCUUGUAUAAACAUACUGGUAUCGAUUGCCUGGCCAUUGCAUUGUAUGUAUUACUUAUUUCCUUCUUGUAAUUUGUAUGUUUUUUAAAAAUAUUUUAAUACAGAAAAAAACUAAACGUGGCAAAGACGACAAUAUGGUGAGAUGAAAAUACUUUUUUAACCUUCAAGUAAAAAAAGACUUAAAAAACAAUUGGAUAAAAGGAAAAUCUUAAUCAUGAAA